AUGGCUGCCGCUGAGAUCAAGCUGGAAGACAUUCCUGUUGAUGACAUUGACUUCACUGAUUUGGAGAAGGAGUACUCUGUUGAUGAUGAGUUCAAGUUUGACAAUUACGUUGUAGUUACUGGUGCGCCAGUUAUUCCAGAGUCCAAGGUCCCUGUUUUGAAGAAGGCUUUGGGUGGUCUUUUCUCGAAGGCCGGUAAGGUUGUCGACAUGGAGUUCCCAUUGGAUGACGACAAGAAGAGCAAAGGUUUCCUGUUUGUGGAGUGUGGUUCAGAUGUUGAUGCCAAGAAGAUCAUCAAGGCUUUCCAUGGUAAGCGUUUGGAUUUGAAGCACCGUCUGUUCCUUUACAGCAUGCGCGAUGUUGAGAAGUUGAGCGAGCAAGGUGCUGGUGAGUUUGUCGAACCAGAGUUGCCUGGUUUUGUACCAACUUCUACAUUGAAGUCCUGGUUGGCUGACGAGGACGGAAGAGACCAAUUCGUCAUCCAGAAGGAUAACUUGACCGGUAUCUUCUGGAACUCUAUGCAUGAAAGCGAGGACGAUGUUGUUGAAUCUCGUACCAACUGGUCCACCAACUACGUUAGGUUCUCUCCAAGAGGUACUUACUUAUUCUCAUACCAUCCUCAAGGUGUUACCUCAUGGGGUGGUCCUCAGUUUGACCGUUUGAGAAGAUUCUAUCAUCCAAACGUCAGAACUUCCUCUGUUUCCCCAGAUGAACAUUAUCUAGUUACUUUCUCCCCAGAGCCAAUUGAACUGGACGACUCUGUCCCAGAAUCUCCUUUCACAAAGCGUAACGAAGGUCACCAUAUCUGUGUGUGGGAAAUCGACACCGGUCUAUUGUGUGCUUCUUUCCCAUUGACCAAGAACCCUAACUUGCAAUGGCCAUUCGUUAAGUUCUCUUACAACGACAAAUACUGUGCUAGAUUUGUUGGUGACAGAUUGGCAGUUUACGACUGUACUAACAAGUUCUCCUUGCUAGAAGCCCCAGCACUAAAGGUCUCUGGUAUCAGAGACUUCUCCUUCGCACCAACUGGUGUUGAGUUGCAACCUUUCAACAAGAACGACGAACCAUCUGUUCUGUUAUCUUACUGGACUCCUGAAACAAACAACAGUGCUUGUACAGCCUCUGUUGUUCAAGUUCCUAGAGGCCGUGUCCUAAAGACAGUCAACCUUGUGCAAGUUUCUAACGUUACCACUUACUGGCCGGAAGGUGGUGAAUACCUUGUUUUCAACGUUGAGCGUCACACUAAAUCCAAGAAGACUUUAUUCAGUAACUUGCAAAUCUGUAAAUUGACUGAAAAGGACAUACCUGUCGAGAAGAUCGAGGUCAAGGACAGGAUCAUGGAAGUUGGCUGGGAACCUCAUGGACACAGAUUCAUCACUAUCUCUACCACAGAAGGUCCAGACGAUAACAUUGCCAUUCCAAAGAACGUCGUUAGGUUCUACGCACCAGAGAAGAAAGAAGGUGUUAAGAACAAGAUCGUCGUUAAGAGAUGGGUUGUCAUCAAGGAAAUCGAAAAGAAGUUCUACAACACCGUUUCCUGGUCGCCAGCUGGUAGAUUUGUUACAGUCUGUGCCUUGGUUAAGCCAAACAUGCGUAAGUCUGAAUUCCAGUUCUUCGACUUGGAUUACCCAGGUGAGAAGAACUUGAACGAACGUAAGGAUGUUCUUGCCACUCUGAAGGACGUUGGUGAAUCCAACUACGGUGCUGCCACUGAUCUAUGUUGGGACCCAUCUGGUAGAUUCUUGACCGCUUGGUCCAGUUCCCUAAAACACAAGAUGGAGAACGGUUACAAGAUGUUCAAUAUCGCCGGUGUUAUCAUCAAGGAAGACAUUCUUCCAAACAUGAAGAAUUUUGCUUGGAGACCAAGACCAGAAAGCUUGUUGUCCAACGCCGAAAAGAAGAAGGUCAGAAAGACAUUGAAGGAGUGGUCCGCCGAAUUCGACGAGCAAGACGCUAUGGCCAACGACAGUGCCGUCAGAGACUUGAUCUUGAAGCAACGUGCUAUGUUGAAGGAAUGGCGUGAAUACAGAGCCGCUAAGGCCCAAACAACCACCAUCUUUGACAUUGCUCCUUGGUUAGACACCACUAAGGACCAUGAAGACUUCGUCAAGAUUGAAGAAAUUAAGGAAGAAAUCGUAGAAGAAAUCAAGGAAAAGUUGUAA